UAUUAAUUCAUUAAAAAUUCAACAACAAUCAAAAGUGCAGCACAAAAAAAACAACAACCACAACAAGAGGAGAAAAAAACAACAAAAAACUACUACAAACAUUUGAAAUGAAAAAUCGAUCCUCUCGAAUUUUUAAAUGAGUUGCUAAAAUCAAGUUUACCUUUUCAUCAGUGUAUCCUUCGUUUUAUAGAUUUUAGUUUUUUAUAUCUUAGUUGUUCAGUACCUCCUUUUUGUAGUUUUGAGAAAAUUUUCCGCUAAAACUACAAAAAUAAACCAUUUGAGCUCUGAAAACAUAUAAAAGUCUUGCUAGUUUUAGAUUAAAUAAUUUUUUCGUCGUUUGUUAUCAUUAGCUUUUUAUUCUGAUUGAAGUUACAAAUUGCAGGCAUAUCGUGUUAAAAGGAAAAAUAAAAAGUUUUAGAAGUUACUGACAAACAAAUUCGUUUGAAUUAAUUUUUAUAUAUUGGUAUACUUUCUUUACAUUUCCGCGGAGCUUUUAUUCUUCCGCUCUGAUUUUGAAAUGCUCGGGACAAUUCAGCGUUUUGCAAAGAGCAGAUUCUUCGGUCUGUUUUGUGCGUUUGCGAGUGGCUGCUUCAGAGCAGCCAUUUGUUAUCUCACACAUUUCAUGAGGGAUGGAAACGGGUUCAAGGUUAAUCUGUACACGUGCAUACUUGGACUAAUGUAUGUAAAAAUGUGGCUGCUUCUAUCCCCAAAACUGGACCAGAUUCCUCAGCUACUCACCAACUGGAAGGCCUGGCUGCUCUCUGGAAUCAUGGGUAGUCUCAGCUAUACAGCUGCCUUCCAGAUGUUCAAGUAUGCCCCCACCUCCGACUCAUACUCCAUAUUUCUGGGGGCGGAGUUGAUAGCCGGAAUUGGCGUCGACUACUUCAUUCUCAAGAAAGUUAUUGGCAGACAAGCCAUAGUGUCCGUUCCACUGGCUAUAGUCGGCAUACUACUAGUAGGCCAGCCCUACUUCCUGUUCGGAACAGACGACCAACUGCUCGCAACAGACUACCCCGACCACACCCUCGGAUGUUUAGUUAGUGUAGUGGGGGGAGUGGGCGUGGUGCUGUGGUGGGGGGUGUGUGGCACCUCUCUCCAAAACACCCACACCUCUUUCAUCAUCUUCGCAUAUGCUGUUUUCAGUAUACUCAUAGGUUCGGCAGUGAUGGAGUUGUGGAAUAUCACGUGGUGCUAUGUGCACUUGGCCGACAGAGUGAUCUGUGUGUGUCUGUCUUUCUGUGACAUCAUGAACAUUGUGACUGCUCUGAAUGCGAUAUCUUUGGAGUCCAUCUACGUCACAAGUAUAGUCAGAACGGCAUUCUUGGCCGCAUUCUUCGUAGCCGAUGAGACCCUACUCAAUGAGCCAUUCAACUGGGCUUCUGUUCUUGGGGGAGUGUCCAUCUUUGUGAGUGUGGGGGCGGAAGCCAUUCACAAAAUAGCAUUUGGGGCAAAGAGGUUAGUUGCAGCCGCGUCAUCAUCUUCAGCCGAUUCAGAAAGACAACCGUUAAUAGAAGAAAAAGCUGAUUGCUCACUCGAUUGAAACUUUGAAUAGAGUUCAAAAAAGCUUGCAAAAUUGAGAA